CAGAUCUUUUCCUCCCGUUCAGCCUUUAGAAGGGACAGUGAACCCCUCCCAACUCUAUUUCUGAACAAACUGGGGAACUUACAGACAUGACGGAGAAGUAUGUUUAUACUGAUGUGAAAUCUUUUGGCCAAAUGAAGAAAAUACAAUCCAGAACUGCUGACAGGAAAAAUGAGGGUGGAAAUGAUGGAGAGAAGACAGAGUAUGUGAAGUUAACACGUGUUGCUCCUGAUCCGCGGACAGGUGAGAGACCUGAAAUAUUUCAAGAAGAAGCAACACAGAAUAACAGGUUAAAAAGGCCUUACAGGAAUGCAGGAUUUCAUUCUCAGCCUCAGAUCCAAACAACUCAACAAAUACAAAGAAUUCCUGAACAUGACAGAAAUAAAGCAUUCCAAGCAGCAUCUUCUGGAUGUAUUGUGGCAAUAACACUAGGAAUUAUAUGUGUCAUCCUUUUGGGAAUAUCAGCAUUUUUUGCUUCUAAGUAUUUUCAAAAUUCUUUUAAUUAUCAGAACAUGUUGGAUAAUGGCACUCAGGAAUAUGAUCAGAACUUGUUGGAUAAUGGCACACAGGAACAUGAGAAAUCCAGGACUCCUAUGAAAAAUAAAUGCUUUUCAAAGGAUCGGUUAAACUCAGAAAAUUACAGGGAAGAAUACAAAAACAAAUGGUCUUGCUGUGAAGAGAAAUGCUACUAUUUUUCUGAUAUACUUAAAACCUUCGAAGAGAGUCGGAAAUUCUGCUCCAACCAGGGCUCCCAUCUGUUGAAGAUAGAAGAUGAGGAUGAACAGGAAUUUAUUCAGUCUUUGGUGUCUUAUUUUUCUUGGAUUGGAUUAUCUCGAAAAGGAAUUGUCAGCCCCUGGAAGUGGGAAGAUGGUUCUUUGCUAGAAAAUAAACUAAAUCUGCAGAAUUCAAACAUAAACAACAACAACUGUGCAUAUGUUGCAGCAAACAAAGUAGCUGCCUCAGUGUGCACCAAGCGGUUUUUCUUUAUUUGUGAGAAGAAUUAUACUUAGUGUUGAUCUCAAACUGGCAGAAGAGAAAUGAUGUAGUCGACAUCCUGGUGCAUCUACUUUUUACCUGCAACAUGCAAGUAAAUAUCGUGUGCUCCUGACACUGGUCUGUUUGUUAAGUGAAAUGCGUAUGUAAGAUAACUUGUAAAUUUGAUGUAGUUAUUUUGAAUGUCGGAGCUUCAUCUGCAUGGGGAGGAGGUUGACAAGCACCUUCUUUGACUUGAUUUCAAGUGGAAUUAAUUUUGAUGAAAAGAUGAAGAGUUAAUUCAGAAACUAUUAGUGAUUUUCUUUUCCCCUCUAUUUUGAUUGGAUUUUCCUGCAACAUAUGGUAUCCCUCAUAUAUACUGUGAAGAAAUAGCCUAUACACUGAGCUACUUUUUAACUGAUGUUCAGGAAAUCAAAAUGAAACAUGAUAUGACUAUGUACAUCCAUUUUUAUUUUUCUGAGAAGUAUAUUUGUACUUUCAGAGAGGAUGAGUCAUUUCUGCACUUCUACUUUAUCACUUUUAAAAUUCAAGAUUUUCACAAUUAAUGUAAGAAUUCAUAGUUGAAAAAUAAAAAAAAUAUAAAAAAUAAAAGCACAUUGAAUAAA